AUGGCUCGUCCAGACCGACGUGUCAACUUGGCCGUCGCGCGAGUGAUUCCUCCGGUCCUUCUGGGUAUCGUUGCCUACGCCUGUUAUGUCGUCACCAAACCCCUCUGUAUCGACUACCUAAUUCAUCCUCUCCCGAAAUAUAGUCAUAAUCCUCGAGUGGGCGCUGGCGCAGCCAUUAUUGUCGUCUAUUAUGUUUUACUAAUACCCGUCCUCGCCACCUAUCUACGCUUGCUGUACAAUGUGGUCUGGAAUCCCGGCUUUCUACCUCGGAGUUCCCUGGCCCAAGGGAAAAAAGACACCGACCCCUCAAGCCACCAUCGUCAUUCAGGUCGUCAUCGAAGGAAGAGAAGUCGCCGGAGAAGCCACACACAUCACGUUGAAAAGUCCGAUGGCCAACAGGAUGGCAAAGCGGACGUGGACGUUGAGAGAGGCCCCGAUUACCAUGCUGCCGGUGCCGCGUUCCCGCUAGAUUCGGCCGGACUAGAGAGCUUCUACACCAAAGAUGUCUUUGUCUGUCAACCGGACGGCAGGCCUUUGUACUGCUCCACCUGCUGUCAAUACAAGACAGACCGAGCGCAUCACUGUCGUGAAGUGGAUCGGUGUGUGCGCAAGAUGGACCACUUUUGUCCCUGGGUUGGGGGUGUUGUUUCGGAGACGUCUCUCAAAUUCUUCAUCCAGUUCGUUUUCUACACUACAAUAUUUUGCGCGUUUGCGCUCAUUGUCUGUGCCAUCUUCACCGCUGAGCUGAAGCGAGAGAUGGGCACUGCAAACGUCCACUGGGCUGUUGGUAUUGGACUAAGCGGACUUUUUGGAUUAUUUACCUUUGGGAUGACAUUGAGCUCCGUCCAACUAGCAAUGUACAAUGUCACCACAAUCGAGAACCUCAAUCGCCGGUCAGUGGUGUGGACACUCGCCAUUCGCGUCCCCCAGCACCUCCUCGCCAAGCUCACCCCGAACUCCCAAUGGGCCCCGACCUUCCGCACGAUCACCUAUCCUCUCCCGCCCAUGCCUCCAAAUUUCGAGGCUAUGACGGGAACGGGACACCAGCAACAGGUCCCGCCACCGGGCGAGCAGCACGUCUUCGCCAUCCUGCAGACCUUACCUGGCGAAAACCCUUUCGACUUGGGCAGUCCUUUAAAGAACCUCCAGCAAGUGAUGGGCUACUCCCUUCUGGACUGGAUUUUGCCUCUCAAACACAGCCCCUGCGCCGACCACAGCAACAUGGAAAGCGCCUUUGCCAUGGGGCCGGUUGUGUCGCGCUUGAAGCAGGAGGCUGGUCUAGAGGCCCGACUAGACGAGACUUCUACGGCAGAGCAGCCCCCGUCGCACAAGCGCAAGCGGAGACACUUUAUUGAUUUUGCAUUGAGCGGGCUAUCCUUCAUUCUGGCUAGGCAUAAUACUAUCAUAAUCGCCCAUUCCAACCCAACAGUAUAUGGCGCAUGA